AACUGUCGCUCAGUCGCCACACCACCAACAACGCUGCGACCAGCCGAGGAACUUCACACCAGCCAGUCCAGCUCAGAGGUCAGUCAUGUGACUGAAGGCCUCACCUGUGACAUCAUAGCAGGGCCAGUGUUUAUAUAUGAGGUGUUCAUCAUGAAUUCUUCAGCACCACCUCCUCCAUCAUCAUCAUCAUCAUCAUCACCGGCAUCAACAUCUACCUCGAUCAGAGCUGGGAAACAAACCCAGCUGAACUCCUCUUCAUCCUCUCCCCCUCCUCCUCCUUUUACUCUGUCUCUCAGAAGUCCUGAGCUGCAAGCAGAGUUUCUAAGAGAGUGUCGGAACAAAUUUAAGCCUCACAGCGACGACAGUGAAUCCAGCGGGGUUUCCUCCACCACCUCCCCUGUGGCCUCCCCCUUCAGCCUCACUCCUUCCUCCUCCCCCUCCAGUUCUUCAUCCACCUCGCCAUCCCCUGGCUUCAAGGACAGACAAGCUCGUCUGUCACUGUCCAGCCCCGAGCUCCUUUCUGAACUGAAGGAAUCCAAAAACCGCUCCCUCCGACACGUCCCCGCGCAAAAGGGAAUGACCACCGUUUUCUCAGGGCGAGGAAGAGCAUCAAGACAGGCGUCUGACUCCACUACACCCACCAAACCGGCCAAUCCGAGGGUUUCUCGCUGACUUUAUGAGCAACGUGUCAACCAGACUAUGAACUCUAAUUCUCCGUAUUAAUUAUGUAAAUACAGUAAAAACUCAUCACCAGCUCCUGAACCAUGUAGAAGACCCUGAAAUAAAGUACAGAACAAGGCUCUGCAGAUUUAUAUUUGUUCAUCAAUUAAAAAUGUUCAGUUCAUUUUUAGAGAAAGAAAAAAAUAAUUAAUUUAACCAGAUGUCUGGUCAUGCAGGCUGGAGUGUGGACUUCAAGCCAUGACUUUGUUGUUGCUAGGGUAUCUUGUCUCACCACUUCAGAGUUCUGAAUACUAAAGCUCAAAGGUAUAAGGAGUGAAAGCUGAUAUCCAAGAGGUAAGUGUUGAAUUGAAUAAUUAGGGUACUUGCGUAGCUAUUGCUGUGGAUAUAGCUCAGCCGGGAGCGUCUAAAGAGCAGUUCUUGAACUUUUUCUCUCUUGACCAGUUUUUUCCCAAUACUGAUUGGUAGAUUAGGAUUCCACUUGCUGUCACAUAUUCAGGGAGUGCAGAAUUAUUAGGCAAGUUGUAUUUUUGAGGAAUAAUUUUAUUAUUGAACAACAACC